AUGAGAAGUGGUAGAGCAGAGGAAGAGGAAGAUGAAGAUCUGUCUGACAGUCCUCUUAAUGUCCACAGUCGUCACACUCAACACUGCAGACGCUCAUGUCUAUUGUGUACAGGCAACGUGAGGUUGGUUGGUGGUAACAGUCCCUGUGCUGGUAGAGUGGAGGUUCAUCAUGAUGGUCAGUGGGGAACAGUUUGUGAUGAUGGCUGGGAUACUAAAGCUGCUGGACUGGUGUGUAAAGAGCUGAACUGUGGUAGAGCAUUACGUGCAGUUGGUGUUGCUCACUUUGGACAAGGAUCAGGACCAAUCUGGAUGGAUGAAGUGAAGUGUACUGGAUCAGAGUCAACACUGAAGGACUGUACAUCAGAAGGAUGGGGUAAAAAUAACUGUAAUCAUGAUGAAGAUGCUGGAGUUAUCUGUCGCCUCGCCAGACUCGUUAAUGGUUCUCAUCUUUGUGCUGGGAGGUUAGAGAUACUUCAAAUAAAGACGUGGUUGUCAGUGUGUGACGCUGCCUUUGACCAGCUGGAUGCAGAGGUUGUGUGUAGAGAGCUGGACUGUGGGGCUCCUGUACAGGUGCUGGGAGCAGCUACUUUUGGCAAAGGAUGCACUCCGAUGUGGAAACACGAGAUUCAGUGCAGAGGAAAUGAAUCAUACUUUGAAUUCUGUUCUACAUCCAGCUCUUCACAUGAACACUGUUCCCAUGAAAAUGCUGUAGGAGUAAUAUGCUCUGGUUACACUGAUCUCAGACUGGUGAACGGUUCAGACUCUUGUUCUGGAAGAGUGGAGCUUCGGCUCAUCAAUGAAUGGGGCACAGUGUGUGAUGCAUGCUGGGAUAUGAGAGCUGCCAGUGUCCUCUGUAGACAGCUGAAUUGUGGGAUUGCUGUGUCUGUUGUGGGAUCAGACAGGUUUGGAGAGGGAAGUGGUGAAAUCUGGGCUGAUGUUUUUGAUUGUGAUGGGAAUGAAACAAAACUCUCAGAAUGUUCCAUCUCUUCAUGGAGUCGAGCUGAAUGUUCUCAUAGACGAGAUGUUGGAGUCAUCUGCUCUGGUUCCCCUCUGGCUCUUCAUGAUGGUCUGGUGCGGUUGUCUGGAGAGAGACAGUGUGAGGGGGAGGUGGAAGUUUUCAUCCAUCAGGUCUGGAGGAGAGUUCUGCUGGACUCCUGGAGUCUCACUGAAUCCUCUGUGGUCUGCAGACAGCUGGGCUGUGGCUCUGUGCUGAACUUCUACGGCUCCUCUUCAUCCAGUCCUGAACACAGUCAUGAGUGUGUGACGGGCUUCCAGUGCUCUGGGAGUGAAGCUCAUCUGGGGAACUGCAGCUCUCCACAAACUCUCAACUGCAGCUCCACACAACAGCUGUCAAUCACCUGCCUUGGUCGCGGGUCCAUCAGGCUGGUGGGUUCUGGCGGAGACUGUGCAGGGAGGCUGGAGGUUUUUCACAGCGGCUCAUGGGGGACAGUGUGUGAUGACUCCUGGGAUAUUAAAGAUGCUCAUGUGGUGUGCAGACAGCUGCAGUGUGGAGUGGCCCUCAGUAACCAGCAGGUACCAGCCUGGUUUGGUCCUGGUUCUGGACCCAUAUGGCUGGAUGAGGUGGAGUGUGAGGGGAAUGAGACGUCCCUGUGGAGCUGCUCUUCUCCAGGCUGGGGAAAACAUGACUGUCAACACAAGGAGGAUGUAGGAGUCGUGUGCUCAGAGUUUAAAGAGAUCAGGUUAACUGAAGGCUGUGAAGGGAAUGUAGAGGUUUUCUACAAUGGAUCCUGGGGAAAUGUGUGUUUAAACCAGAUGGACAGAGACACAGCGAGUCUGAUCUGUCAAGAGCUGAACUGUGGAAGAUCUGGCAGUGAACCCAGUUAUUCAGUGGGACUAAGAUCUGCUCCUAAUUGGUUAGAUCAUCUUAAAUGUCGAAAACAUGACAAAACUUUGUGGCAGUGUCCAUCUUUACCCUGGGGCCAGAACAACUGUUAUGAUAAUGAGGUGGCCAGUAUCACUUGCUUUGAGAAAGAGAGUCCUGAGUCUCCACAGAGUCGUCUGACAUGUUCAGCAUCUCCUCACCAGAGACAGUGUUCAAAGCAUCUUCCUCUCAGACUGAGUGGAGGGGAUGGCCGGUGCUCUGGGAGGCUGGAGGUGUAUCAUAACGCUGUGUGGGGCUCAGUCUGUGAUGAUCAGUGGGACAUCAGCGAUGCUCAGGUGGUCUGCAGGCAGCUGGGUUGUGGAGCAGCACUGAGGGCUGAUGGGAAUUCAGUCUUUGGUGCUGGUGAAGGUGUUGUGUGGCUGAACAGAGUCGAGUGCAGAGGGAAUGAGAUUCACCUGUGGGACUGUCCUCUCUCCCUGAAAAACCACACUGACUGCUCCCACAAAGAGCACGCUGGACUCACCUGUGCAGGUUUGCCAGAUGUGUCAGUGUCCACUAUUCCUGCCACAACAACAUCAGCUUCUCCUCCAGUUUCUCCUCCAGUGCGCUCAACAUCAGUCGCUCCUCCACAAACUCCUCCAGCAGUGUCUCUCUCCAUCCCCCCAGUGCUUGUGAUUGUACUGGGAGUUGUGCUCUUACUGCUCUUAGUGCCACUGCUUAUACUGAUUCAGCAGAACAGAGUGAUGAGGAGAGCUCUCUCUAAGAGGAGACACAGGAUGACGAACGACGACUGUUAUGAGGAGAUUCAGCACAGACACAAUCACUUCACUCAGAGGGACAAAAUGGACCAAGAGGCUCCAGAAGAAUAUGUCAACACUGAUAGACUGAAUUAUUGCACAAAUGAGACCUAUGAUGAUGCCACAACCAUGAGAAAAGAGUAUGGAGAAGAGGAGCCAAUUGAAGAUGAAAAGAGUGUGUGA